CCAGAAACACCUCCAACAAAUCAACCAAGUAGCAAUGCGUGCUUACUACUACGCUGGAGAGGGUGAUCAGAAGGAGCCUCAUGAGGGCGCCCCCGUUACCCAAGAAAAGCUCGACCAGCUCGGUGUCCUUGCCUGGCACUUCGAGGGAGACUCCCUCGAGGGUGUUGAAGCCGUCGCGAAGGAGCGUGACUACAAGAAUCGCGACACUGUCACCAUCUCCCCCACCUCCCUCGGUGACCUUUACGAAUCCAAAAUCCGCACCUUCUUCGACGAACACCUCCACGAAGACGAAGAGAUCCGCUACAUCCUCGACGGCGAAGGCUACUUUGACGUCCGCUCUAAGAACGACGAGUGGAUUCGUUUGCAUAUGGUGAAGGGUGAUUUGGCGGUUUUGCCUGCGGGGAUCUAUCACAGGUUCACGCCGGCGAUGAGUAAUUAUACGAAGGCGUUGAGGUUGUUUAAGGAUGAGCCGAAGUGGACGCCUGUGUCGAGGGCGGAGAAGACGACGGAUGAGAACCCGUACCGUUUGCAGUACGUUAAGCAGUUCGUCUCUGCUUAACAUAGGCAGAUGGAGAAGGAGUGUGAUGUAUGCUGAUUUGGUUAUAUCCUUGGCGUUGUGAUGCAAAAGUUUCUCGAUUUGAAUUCAAUAUACCUUAACCGCCUACGGGCAUCAACUACACCUCG